ACCUUCUUGGUAAAAAAGCCCAGAAUGCGAGUAAGGCUAAGAUGUAAACUAUAAAGGGAAAAUAAUUUACGAGGGUUUCCGAAAUCGGACGAUGGAUUUGGAGGGGAAGAAAGGCGAAGAUAUGGAUUCGCUAUUUGAAGGGAUGGUGCUGUUUAACCCUGCCGAAGAGAAAGACAAUGGUAGUGAUGAUUCUCUCACAAUCUCAAGUUGUUCGCAAUCACAACCCCUUGAUGAGAAUCUCUUCUCUGACCUCACGCUUGUGGUAGAUCCCCUCCAAAACCUAGAAGUAGCUGAGGCCGAGCGCGAUCUCCAAUCGAGACAGGGUCAUGCCCCCGCCAGAAGGAGAAAACGAUCUGGCUUGAGGAUAGGAUAUGGUAGAGACGCCUUUUCUUCCAACGAUCCGCCUCACACUCCUUCUCCGCUCCCCCAACCUAUUUCUGAUAGUGACAGCGUAGGCGAUGCUGAUGCUGUUCGUGUCCGGGACACGGACACGGACACGGAAACCCUUCCCUCCAUCACCACUGCCACUGCCACUGCCACUGAUGAUCCUGUUACUGUCACUCUUACUCAACCAUCUAAUGAAUCAGAGAAUCAGAAUCGGAAACACCAACAAUCAUCUACUGAAUCUUCCUCGGCAGAGUUUCGGCAACUUAAGUCCAGCAUACAUGACAAGCUUAACCAUGCCACUCAACUGGUCAAAUCUGCUUCUUCUGCCCGAAAGGAUUCCAUCAGGAACAGAAGAAAAACCGUUGAGAACGCUAAUCUUGCUUCCCUCAAACACAUGGAACUCGAAAAGCAAUUGGAAGAAGCCUGUGAAGCUGAAGAUUUCGAAAGGGCUGAAAAGGUUAGCGACGACCUUUCUGCUGCCGAGAAGGAGAAACAAGCUUUCGCCAAUUCAUUGAGAGAAGCCGAUGCCUUUGUCGAUGCUUUAGAUCUAAAAUUGCAGCAUGCCCUCGACUCGCAGUUAGCUAUUGAGGAACAAUGCGCAAUCUUACUCGACCAUUAUGCAACGAAUGCUUUAAAUAAUGCAGAUUUUUCCAUGAAGAAAGCAUCGUCAGUGUAUUCAAAAGAAAUGGACCAAUGGCUUUCAUCAUCUGAAGCCUUGGAGGUUAAAAAGAUGGAGUUGGAGAUUGAAUCACAAUUUAUGAAUGAAGCUCGUUUAGAAUUGAAUAAUACCAUUGAGCAUUCAAUCCAAAAUGACAAAAGAGAAAAAGAGAUUCUUUGUAAAAGAAAGGAUGUGUUAAUGGGUGAAUUGGAACAACUUCUUGCUUUAGUUAAACAGAAAGAAAUGGAGAUAGCAGACAAUGACUCUAAUUUAGAAGCGGUAGAGAAUAAGAUAAAUAAAGUUGUCUCUGGAUUUAAAGAGAUGCAGUCAAGCAUUGAUGUCAAGUAUGACAAAUUGCAAUCUGUCCUUGCUCAAGUUAAAUUAGAGACUGAAACUUUGGUUCUAAAGAAGGAAGAAAUUGAUAAUUUUCUCAUCCGGGAAGAAGAAAUGGGAGCAAGACUUAGAGAAUUUGUUCGGAUUUCUACAGAGGAAGCUGAAGGAUACCGCAAAAUUGUUAAACUAAGAAGAAGUUUGAUGUCAUCUAUAUUGAAGUCCAGGGAGGACAAACUGACACUUUCAAAGAAAGAGGAAAAGCUUUCUGGAGAUGUGAAAUUGUUUCAACAGGAGGUUUCUGCCGCAAGAGCUUCCUUGCAGGAACUAUCUUCAAGAAAGUCAAGCAUCCAACAAGAUAUAGCAUCCUUUAAGCAGAGGAUUGUUUUCAUAGAUAAAAGAGUCCCAGAAUUAGAAGCGGAAAAGAAAGUUGCUACUACUGCAAGAAAUUUCAAGGAGGCUGCACGAAUAGCUACUGAGGCAAAGUCACUGUGUGUUGAAAAAGAGAGCAUCCAAAUAAACAUGGAUAUGGCUACAUUAAAUCUUGAGAAGCUUGAAGAAGAAAUCAAUGACACCCUUAAUAAAUUACAGGAGACUGAGGGGAUGAUUUUAUUGAAGGAGAAAGAGUUGGCAAUGGUCAGAUACCAAAAGCUACUUUUGGCAGCUGCUACUGCUAGAGCUGAAAAAGCUGCUGCUGUAGAAAUGGGUGAUGUGGAAGAAGCUAAUCUCCUACUUGCUGAAGCCGAGGCAGCAGACUGUGAUGCUGAGAAACUUAAAUCAACUUACAAAUUUGAGGCAGAAGACUUCACUGAUCUACAAAGACAUUUAAUUUCAAUGGAUCUUGUUUCGCAUCUUGAUCAGAAGCAACUGGAAGAAUUAGCUGUGUCACUUCGUCUAUUUACUGGCUGAUUGUUGAAAACAGGAUUUUAAUGGAAUUGGUGAUUGAUAAUCAAAGAUAUGAAAGCUUAGUUACUGGAAGUACUGAAGUACGACAUGAGUGGCCAACCCUUGGGAUACAAUGUUUGUACUCUUCAUGCAUCUCUACAUUUUAACGACUACUGAGUAUGUCAUUUGUUCAAUUUUCCUUUUUUUCCUUCACUUUUUCUGUUUUUGAGGGGUUUGGGUCGAUACUGAGUAUGAGAUUUGUGUUUUCUUUUUUCAAUUCUUAAGGGUUCUGCCCGAACCCUGACCAAAAAUAUAAUGGAAGGACUCAGAACAACAAAAAGUGUUAUAAGCAACUAUGCUUAUGAGGAUAUUGAUCUGCUGUGAGGAUUGUGUUUAUUUUCAACCAGAAAUAUAUUCUAGAA